AUGGCUUCAGGACAGAUCAGAGACAUGGACAGAGGACAAAAAAGGGAUUUGGCCUCGGGAGACAUGGGGGACUUGGCCCCUGGAGAGGUGCGGGACUUGGCCCCAGGAGAGGUGGGGGACUUGGCCCCAGGAGAGUCAGACGAGGAGCAUGCUGGACCAAGAAAGAGGAAGCGUAAAACAAAUCACUUUUAUGGAGACAGUGGCUCAGAGAGCUCUGAGCCAGAGCCAAGAAAAGAGAAAAGAAAAGCUCCAUUUAUUCCACCACCACCACCACCAACAACAUAA